AUGGACGUCAAAAAAACUAAAGAGACACACCCUCAGUGGUACUACUUGAAGAUAAUAUGCAAGCUCAUUUACUACGUGGGCAUUGGCGACUGCUGGUACGAAGAAACCAAAAGAAGUCGUACUCACAAGGUUCUGUACGCGAUUUGGGCUGUACUUAUCAACGGGUACAUAAUAUUAGAGACCUGCAACGAAGUGCUGGCCAACUUCAGAACAGAUCUGACUAUCAAGGAAAAGAACGACUUGAUGCAGUUCACUUUUGCGCACCCUUUGCUCAGCGCCAAAUACAUUUGCUUGAUACUCCAGAGAAAAAGAGUGAGGGUUCUUUUCAAAAGAAUGGUCGGUGAAGAAUGGUUGUAUGUCUGCCUGGAUAUAGAAAAGAAAUCAGUGAAGAAAGCCAUGCUUUACUCACUGACUUUGGCAGCCGUGACUUACACUACGUUGUUCUUCACUGCGUUAGACGCUUUGAGGGGUACUAUUAGAGAAGGGAUCCCAUUCCGCACAGAAGUCCAUCUUUUUCCGAGUCCAUCGUAUUCUGGAAUCUUCUUUGGGUUUCUAUACGUCUUAAAAGAAUGUCACUGGUGGGUCAUAGUCACCAAUAUGAUCUUGGUGGAUGGGCUCUCUAUUUUCUCCCUUGUCUACCUCGGGUCAAAAUGUGAACUUGUGUGCAAGUAUUUUGAUAGCUUGAGAGAAAAAACUAUUAAGAACUCUAAAAGUAUGAGUAAGGAAACCUUGGGCCAGGAGUUUGAAAAAGACUUCAUUAAUGGGAUAAAGCUGCAUGAAGAUACACUAUGGUGUGCCCGAAACGUCCAAUAUUCUUUAGGAAACAUUUACGGAGCGGCAGUUGUUGAAACAACAUCACUUCUCGUGUUCUGUCUCGUCAAAUUAGUUAGUGCAGAAAGGAACUUGACGUUUCUGAUCGCGAACUUAACGUACAUUUUCUGCGUGUUGAUGGUCAAUGGGGCUUAUAUGAUGGUUGCAGGGGACAUCACAUAUGAAAUUUCCAAACUGCCAAUGUCAAUGUUUUAUUGCGGUUGGGAGCUGGUCCCCUGGAGACCUGGGUUGCGUUCCCUGAUCGUAGUGGCUCUCCAAUGCAGCCAGAAACCUAUCUACAUGACUGCUUUUGGCGUCAUCACGUUGUCUUAUAGCAACUUUAUUUCGGUUAUACGUGCUGCUUAUUCGUUCUUUGCCGUGUUCCGGUAA